GUCAAGGAUUGCCCUAUUUUAUGUUUCUCUCUCGGAACAUUCUUCAUGAGAAAUUCAGGGACUUGGAUGAAAACAGUAGCGGAAGCAGCUCAAAAAGCUAAAGCAGCUAUGAAGAUAGCAAAGGCCGAUGAAUCACGUCAAGCUAAAAAAGCUAUACUCAUUUUCGUGAAGACUCUCAGUGGUACGAACUUCGAGAUCGAAGUUAAACCUGCGGAUACGGUUUCUGAUGUUAAAAAGGCUAUAGAAACUGUUAAAGGUGCAGAAUACCCUGCUGUGAAGCAGAUGCUGAUCCACCAAGGAAAGGUUUUAAAGGAUGAGACCACAUUGGAAGAGAACAAUGUUGUUGAGAACAGUUUCAUUGUUAUCAUGUUGUCCAAGACCAAAGCUUCACCAAGUGGGGCAUCAACUGCAUCUGCACCAGCACCUAGUGCUACCCAGCCUGCACAGACAGUUGCUACACCUCAGGUUUCUGCUCCAACUGUCUCAGUUCCAGAGCCUACAAGUGGAUCUGCAACCGCUGCAGCUCCAGCUGCUGCUGCUGCUUCGGUUCAAACAGAUGUGUAUGGUCAAGCAGCAUCAAACCUUGUUGCUGGAACUACUCUAGAGUCCACUGUUCAGCAAAUUCUUGACAUGGGUGGAGGUAGUUGGGACCGUGACACUGUUGUUCGUGCUCUGAGAGCCGCCUUCAACAAUCCUGAAAGAGCCGUUGAAUAUCUAUACUCAGGUAUCCCUGCUCAAGCUGAAAUCCCGGCAGUUGCUCAAGCCCCGUCUACUGGUGAACAGCCAGCAAAUCCUCAAGCACAGCCCCAACAAGCAGCUCCGGUAGCUGCAACUGGUGGUCCAAACGCAAAUCCAUUAAACCUGUUCCCCCAGGGCAUGCCCGCUGCAGAUGCUGCUGCUGGAGCUGGUAAUCUUGAUUUCCUGCGUAACAGUCAGCAGUUCCAAGCCUUGCGAGCUAUGGUACAAGCAAACCCACAAAUUCUACAGCCUAUGCUUCAGGAGCUCGGUAAACAAAACCCGCAGCUUGUGCGACUAAUUCAAGAGCACCAGGCUGACUUCCUACGCUUGAUAAAUGAACCCGUCGAGGGAGAAGAGAAUGUUAUGGAACAGUUAGAAGCAGCAAUGCCACAAGCUGUUACAGUUACACCUGAAGAGCGUGAAGCCAUUGAACGGCUUGAAGCAAUGGGGUUUGAUCGUGCGAUGGUCUUAGAAGUGUUCUUUGCAUGUAACAAGAAUGAAGAACUUGCAGCGAAUUACCUUCUAGAUCACAUGCAUGAGUUUGAGGACCAAUAAACAGAGCAAAUCCAUUCCUCCUCCUUCCUAAACUCAUAGACCCAUCUUCCUGUUUCUUUUUCUUCCUUUUUUUUUUUUCUUCUUUCUUUUUAAUAUGAUAAUCUCUUCUCCAAUGCCAUUUGACAGUUUCAUGUUUAUGUUCAUGGGAGUUGAUGUGUUUAUGUUAUACAUUUAAAACUAUCAUAGUUUAUCUGGUUUGAAGAUGCUCCUCCUCUUUUUCAUAUAUUAGGCUUUGAAUCCUCUCUUUUGGUGCGAUUUGACUCAUCUCUCGAGUUAAGAAUGGUCAAAUCUUGCUCUGCUUUAACUAAAUAAACUGUGUCUAAUCUG